AUGUCACUACCUGAAGAUAAGAAGACCGAUGAUUCAGAUCAGGGAUUGGUCGAGGAGAUUUAUCAAACGUUACAUAGACAACUGGAAAGGCUAGUUGGUUUACAACGUGAAUGUUGGGCAUUGUUCACACGUCCAAAAAGUGCCCAGGCUGUUGGUACAACAGGUAUUAAACUGUUGAAUGGAAGCAAAGAAUACAUUACGGAUAGCAGUUGCGAUUUAACGAUCGAUAAGAAUGCAGUGCCAAGUAAAAAACGAAGGAAAGGUUCUGUCGAAAGGUGA